AUGGGUUAUCCAGUAGUUUCAAGCAAGGCUAUUGGAAAACACGAUAAUAAAGGUAAAGUGAAAGUACUAUUAAAUGGUGUACCAUUAAGAUUCAUCAUUGAUUCUGGAUCAUCUGCUGAUUGUUUGGGAAGAGAUUCAUGGGAAUUUCUCAAAACAAAAGAAAAAGAACUUGAUAUUCGCUGGUAUUCUGAGAAAACUGAUAUAAAAUUAUAUGUAUAUGGAUCAGAGGAACCAUUGAAAGUAUUGGAUAAAUUUUAUGACAAUGUGAAAUUAGAUGAGAAGCAGAUUAAAGAAGAGGAAUUUAUUGUGAUAGGUGGAAAGGGAGAACCAUUACUUAGUAGAGAAACUGCAAUUAAAUUAGAAACUGUAGAGAAACCCUAUGUGCGUUAUAAGCGAAAUGUUACACAUAUUAAGAAGUAUUAUGAAAGUGAUCGUAAUCGGGAAAUCAAAAGUGAAACAUCAAAUAAAAAUGUAUUUGAUGAUAUAUCUUAUAAAGUGCCAAAUCAAAAUGAUCAUAGUGCUAUAUUCGGAAAUGAUCAUACUAUUGUGCCAAAUCAGAAUAUAAAUCCUGAUAGUGUUUCAAAUCAAUCAAAUAUUGAUCAUGAUGAUUCAAGUGAUGAAAGUAUUAAAACUUUCAAUUCGUAUCAACGACCUAAGCGUAAUCGAAAAAGACCUCUCCGAUAUCGAAAUGAUUAA